UUUUUUCACGUUACAGUAAUUAAAAACUAUUCUACACGUUACUCUUUAAAUUAUAUGCAAUUCUUGCUAAAGUAUAAAUUAAUGUGCAGUUUUUCGGAGAUUUGUGUUGUAUUGGGUGCAGAGUGAUAUGUUCCAAAACUAACUUUGAAUUUUUUCAAGUUGAGCAAUUGAAAUCUAAAAUUGCAGAAUUGUUUUGCUUCGUCAAAGUCAUCUAAUACAGAGGCGAACAUAUAAAUGAAGGAGUAGAAGGAAAGAAAAGAAUGCAACAAAAAGAAGGAUGUUUAUUGUGGUGUUGAGUGCCAAAGAAGAGUAGAGUAUGCUAAGAAAGAAAAUAAUUGGAAAAAACCUAUAUUGCAUUCGCGAAUAUUUGGUAAAUGAAGAAUAACAAUUUUGAAAGAAUAAAUUUUAUUUGUUCAAUUUUUUAUCACUGCCCACUGGAAUGGAGUAUUAUUUGCAAAAUGGAAAGACAGUACGCACUAAAAUUGUGGUUAGUCGGAGGAAAUUUGAGUGACAUUUGAUGACCAGUUAGGAAAAAAGAUUUUGCUGUCAAUCAACCUGAGUACUAACUGACUAGAAACGACUCCUGAGUUCGAGAGUGGUUCACACUCUACUUAUCCAUAUCAUUUUUUGCAACAUGAGAUGAGAUAAUGGUGCUAAUAGGAAAACAAUAAGAUUCAAAAUUUUUCAAAUAGAAAAUUUAUAAUUUUGAUUAAAAAUUUGGUUUCAUUGUUGCUUAAAAUCUUAAUUUCUAAUUAAUAUUCUUUUGGCAUUUUUAACUAGAAAGUUAAAAAUUUGUUGUCUUACCUCAGAGAAAAUUGCAAAUAAAAAUCAAUAUUUUAGAAUAAAUUGAAGUAAAUUGAAGUAAAUUGAAGUAAAUUGAUAGAAAAGGGGUAAAAGUAGGUUUAAGGUAAAUCAGACUGAGCACGAUAGCACCGCUGGUGCCCUUGGCCGUGGGUCCCGGGGGGACGGACGCCAUGGCGGCCUCCUCGUCCUCGUCGAGUGGCGAACAACAAUACUCCCUGCGAUGGAACGACUUUCACUCGAGCAUUCUUAGCUCAUUUCGGCAUUUACGAGACGAAGAAGAUUUCGUCGAUGUCACUCUAGCAUGCGACAGCAGUAGCUUCUCGGCGCACAAGGUUGUCCUCUCAGCCUGCAGCCCGUACUUUCGUAGAUUACUUAAGGCAAAUCCAUGCCAACAUCCAAUCGUCAUUUUGAGGGACGUCGCUUCUUCCGACAUGGAGUCCUUGCUGCGGUUUAUGUAUCAUGGAGAAGUUCAUGUAGGACAGGAGCAGCUGGCUGCAUUCUUGAAGACGGCUCAAAUGUUGCAAGUUCGAGGUUUGGCCGAUGUCAGUAGUGGUGCUGCGGCGAAAAUCCCACAAGCACCUUCGUCGACUGGAAACAACGGUAGCGCACCAGCUACGCCUCGAAAUUCAUGGCAAGACAGUGGUCGAGGGGACGCUAACGAAAGUGGUAUUGGUUCACCACCGGAAAAACGGCCCAGAAGUUACUCUCCUCCUAUAGGAAACCAUAUAGAACCAAAGACAGAUCUUCAAGAGUCUCUUUUGGGACAAGCACUCGAAGGCGGUCCAACGAUACACACAACCCCUACCAACAACUUACAGGCACAAUCUACUGGAGAGGAUUCGAAUUCAAUGACAGACAAUGAAGAGGACACGUCGAAUAAUGACAGUAUUUUAAAUUCAGUGAAGACAGAGCCUAGUGAUAUUCUCAAUGACUCCUUGGAACAUCAUCGUAAUAGUUUUCCAGCUGCAUUGUUGGGACUUCAAGGUUUGAUGCCAGGACCUUCGGGAAUUCAUGCAGCGAAUCAGGAUCCAAAUUAUGUCGCUAGAAGGGGUCUCGACAUGAUGCGGGUGCGAGCCACCGACCCGAGACCUUGCCCCAAAUGUGGCAAGAUCUACCGCUCGGCGCACACUUUGCGAACCCAUCUGGAAGACAAGCACACGAUCUGUCCCGGCUACCGCUGCGUCCUCUGCGGCACAGUGGCCAAGUCGAGAAACUCUCUUCACUCUCACAUGUCGCGACAGCACCGGGGCAUCAGCACCAAGGACCUGCCGGUGCUGGCCAUGCCGAGUCCCUUCGACCCCGAGCUGGCGUCCAGACUGCUGGCCAAGGCCGGAGUCAAGGUCAGUCCGGCGGAGCUGCGGGCCCGCGCGAGUCCCACGGGGCCCCGAAGAGGAGACAUGAGACUGGAGCUGCCGAGGGGGGGAGCGCCCUCGGAGGCCGGCAGCUCCAUUUGCGGGGGCGACGAUCCGGAGGACCUCACUCUUCCUCUGAGUCUCAGGUACGGCUCUCCCACGCCCAACAACAACACCGUCAUCACCAAGGUCAGUGGGAACGGCAGGACUGGCGCGACGGCCCUCGCCGCCAAGUCCAUGGACUCGUACCACAUGAACAGGGAGCCCAACCUGGCGUCGCUGCACCCACCGGUCCACCUCCCGGAACACUACAACACGAGUGCCCUGCUGGAGACGUACCUCCAGAUGCUGGCGCAGAACUCGAACCUGACGAGACUCGGCCUCAGCCCGGAGCAGGCGGCGGCCGUGGCCGCGGCCAAGGUGGCGCACCUGAGCGCCAUGGACAAGAUGGGCGGCCGCGGCCUCGAGGACUACCCCAUGAUCGGGCGGGACGAGGGGCGGGGGCCCGGCGUCAUGCACGAGGACCGCCAGGACCUCAACGACCGGCACGCCAUGGCCAUGGAGGAGGGCGACUCCUCGGCUGGCGAGGACGACGACUUCAGCGAGAACGAGUCUCCCGAAGGCGUCAAAGCGGAGUAAUGUGUAAAAUGCUCUUGAGCGACUUCUGAUUUUAGGGUCGCAGGAAUUGCGGAGCUCAGGAUUACCAGUCACUAUAUGGUCUAACAAUAGUAGUCUACAUGUACCAAAACAGGGAAGCAAUUUUCAUGCAGAUGUGCGAAACGUGAUCCACUACCUCAGGCAAUUAUAUUUUUCAAAGAAAAAGUUUUUAAUAGAGAUUCAAACAGUUUAUAGAAAUAGUUUGACGACGCGAACAUCGUCACCUUGGAAUCGAGAAUCUAUUAACCUCGAGACCAAUUCUGAUUAAAUAUUCCAUCCGUCUACCUCAGUGCACAUAAUAAACGAUAGCUAAUAGGAUUUAUUCAUUAAUAAACAAAGAACAGUAAGUUAUCACUCGCAAAAGAACCAAGUCAAAGUGAAAACUGAUACAGAGAGGAAAAUAAUGAGAGAAGAAAGAAACAAGAGUACCAAAAGACGAAGAUAAUACUUAUGCGCUAAUGGAAAUUUUUAUGCGGUCAUCAGGGGUGACACAUUUCUCAUUGACUCUCAACGCUCGAGUCAAAAACGAAUCGUUUCUAGAACAUAUUAAAUGUAUAACAAGAUAAUAGGAAUUUAAACCAUGAUGCCGCAGCUUAUUAUUUUUUUUCUAUUUUUAUUUACUUUCAAAAGUUUUAUCAAUGCUUUUUUGCGUUGAUUCAACGCAAGAGAUAUGAUUAUGAUAAUAAUAAUAAUAAUUAUUAUUAUUAAUUAUUAAUAUUAUAUAUAUAUGAAUGUUGAGGAAAUAUAUAUUAUAUAUAUUGCCUAGAUUUUAAAGAAAGUUAGAGAUAACUACGCGUAAUGCUACGAUUAUUUUUGCAAACAACAUUCGUAAACGUUUAUCAACUUUUCACGUGGAAUCGUUCGAAAAGAGUUAAUAAUUUUUCGUUUUAUAUUUGUUGCCUUUGAAAUUUUUAAAUGUGAGUAUUUUCAAUUGAACUAAUUCAAGUUUUAACGUAUUAUUUUUUAUUAAUCUUUUCUAUAUCAUUCGAAUAGUUUUGUUCGAACGUGAAUGAAUUUAACACAUAGAGUCGCACGCGUGAGUUAUUAGGUCGUCUCCGUGUAGAAUCCUUAAUAAGUAAUUCUUUUCAGUAGAAUGAAUGUAGUGAAAAAUUUAAAGAUGAGGAAAAAGAGUUUAGUGCGCAGAUUCGGAAAACUUGACGACAAAUAGUGUCGUGACUCGACAAGCCGACAAACAUAAGCAAAUGUUCCUACUAAUACAUACGCCAGCUAAUAAUUCGAGUAAAGUACUUAUACGUAGGCUGUAAUGUAACAUACCUAUAGGCACUAAGCAGUACCAGAUAGAUACUAUACACAAUACUCUGAGUAUAAUAAGUAGUAAGUCAAUCAGUUAUUAAGAAAGAGCGAUAUGUUAGCAAAGAAGAAUUAAGAUUCUAAAAUGAAAGGUAUAUUAAUGACGUUUAAGAAUCAACAAAAGUAGAAUGUGCGAAUUCAACUGUGGAUGAACAAAAGUAAGAAAUGAAUUUUCUGUUUCAAACUUUACUCACAUUUAUACGAAUGUAUACGAGUCAACAUUUGUAUACGUCGAAAAGUAGGUUAUUAAAUUAAAUUAAAUUCUAAUUAUACGUCCAAAACUGCGUUCAUCUACAGUCAUUGGAAUUCAUCAAAACGGACGAUGUCUCCGGUACAAAGAAACCAUUUCUUGCCUUAAGCUCUCUAUAAACGAACGAAACAUUUAUGUAAUUUUUAUAAAGAUUAGUAGAAAAAAACGAAGAUAAAAAUCAUGCAGAGUACAAAUUUUUGUCGGAAAUUUAAUUAGAACUAAAGAAGAUGAAGACAUUCUGAUUUUUAGAAUCAUUAAAAUUGACGCGCGAAGUUAUAAAUCGUGAGAAAAAGCGAAAACCGAUCUGAAUAAUAAUAUGUAAGUUUUCUCGACUAGAAGUUAUUAUCGACCGAACCGUCAGAAGGAAAACAGUGCCAUAGCUUUCUUUAUAGACUCAAUGAUGGUUAUAAAAAGGAAUAAUUUACGGAAUAAUUCAAUCAUUAUUACUAUCGCAAAGUACAUGUACGCCUAUAUUCUGGCGACGUAAUCACAGUGAUCUCUCGUCGAUAGACUUUUGUUUUUUUAAAAUGAUAUCAUUAUAAUAAAUCCAGCGACUUCCUUGCAGAAUUGCAGUUACUGGCAGGCGGAAUGAAUUAUUUAUUACAUUCAAUAGUCAUGUGUUCGUCUCCGGAGAUAGAUUUUUUUACUACAGUAUUUAUAUACAUAGCUCUAAUAUUUAUAAUAUAUAUAAAUAAAUAAUAUAAUAUACAUAAUAUAAUAUAUGACGUUGCAUAUAUGUAUUUUUUUAUACGAACAACAUUUUGCAGCUUACGAUCGCCUGCCGAACACAAUUCUGCACCACUUUUCAUAGUCUACAAUAGUCGACAAUAGUCUACAAUAGUCACAUACAUAUUGAAAUUACAGUAUUGCAAUAUCUAUUUUAAAAGACAAUCGUGCAUGCGGCCGAGUCUUCUCUGUUAAAUAAUUUGCAAACGCAACGCAACUCAACGUCAGAACUUGUACAUUACGCAGAUGCAGAUUUAUUUUCUUUACGGUACAUUUAUUUUAGUCAGAUAAGUUGACAGAGAAGACGAAGGCUGUCAUCUCAGGAACUCGUAAUCGAGCACGAUUAGAAUGCAUUAUACAUAUACCUAUGUAAUAAAAUAACAAACUCAGGAAAACUGAAGCAGGCAGGCCGUGAUAUUUAACUUGUUUUUGUUUUGAUUGUUACGAGAUUUAACACUGACAUGUACCAACCAUGCUCUUCGUUGAGCUAGCAGUCUUCUACUUUUAUGUACUUAUUAUAGUUAAAUAUGUGUAAAACACGAAAUGAUCGAGCGAGUGUAUUUAAAGAGAAAAUUCUUACACUUUUCUUUUCUUUUCUUUUCUUUUCUACAGUGCAUUUUUGUAUUAUUAUUUUAUAUAUACAUGUAAUACUGAACGUAAAUAUCAACUGUUUUUAGCAAUUUUUAGUAUAUAAUAAACUGUCUCGACUAUUUCGUGAUUUCAGUUGAAAUGUACUUACCAGAAAUGAAUCUUUGAUAUGUGAGUGGAUACUUGCGUGAUAUACACAGUGAACAUAAUCAGGGAUGCGUCAUAACACUUAUUAUUAUUAUUAUUCUAUUAUUAUUAUAUUAUGAUUAUUAUUACAUAUGUAGAAUCUCCUUCAUUCAACUAUUACUUUCAAAUAUUUCUAUUUAAAAUGAUAAUUAAAAUUAAGAGAAAACCUUUUAUCAUCAUGUGACAACAUAAUCCAUUGACAAUGAGCAUUACUUAUUUUCACAAUUAUGUAAACAAGGUAAAUUAAACGUGCAAUUUCAAAAUGUU